UGACUUUGCCUCUCACUUCCUUUCUUUCCUAUAUACUUUUAUUCCCUGUAAACAUUUUCAAAGCUAUUUGUCUAUUCAACAAACAUGGCUGAUAUCGAAGAACCAAUGGAAGUUGAUACUCAGGCAUCUACUGCCGAUGUUAAAGGCAAAGGCAAGGCUAGCAAGGACACCAGUGGCAAGAAACGAUUCGAAGUCAAGAAGUGGAAUGCAGUUGCUCUUUGGGCUUGGGAUAUUGUUGUUGACAACUGCGCCAUUUGCCGUAACCAUAUUAUGGAUCUCUGUAUUUCAUGCCAAGCCAACCAAGCAUCUGCCACAAGUGAAGAGUGCACUGUUGCAUGGGGAAUCUGCAAUCACGCUUUCCAUUUCCAUUGCAUCUCAAGAUGGCUCAAAACUCGACAGGUCUGCCCAUUGGAUAACAGAGAAUGGGAAUACCAAAAGUACGGACAGUAAAAAAGCAAUAUUUUUUUACAUGGAA